AACUUCAAUUUCACUUUCCACGUUACGAGUUUCAGCUUAAGAUUCAUCAUUAUUUAACAGCUGAGUGUCUUUUCCGCUCCUUAUGUCGAUAGUGACAGUGGUUCCUUCCUACAGAUGCUAUUCUUGUCACCACCACAUACUGCUCUAACCACCUCAAUCGGAUUUUACCCUUGUCUUUUCCCAAUUCAAGCUAGUCCCUGCAAUUCGUUUGUGUCACAAAAUGCAUGGGAGUCUCCCUGUGAUUGCUCUCGAAAGUCUGCUGCUCUUGGUUUUCCCUUAUCAGUUCUGCUGCUGAAAACACUUCUGUCCGCGGUCUAAUUACAAUGAAAAUAACAUGAUGAAGCAAGAAGUUCAGGAUGAUGGUUAUGAAACUAGCGGAGACAUUGAUUUAAGAGCUCAAGGAAAUGUGCCAAAACUGAUGGGUCAGAUGCAUCAACAUCAACAGUCUCCCCAUUCCCCACAUCCGCUCCAGCAACAUCAGCAUCAACAGUCGCCUCACUCACCGCAUCCUCUCCAACAGCAUCAUCAACAGUCUCCUCAUCCCCACUCUCCGCAUCCCCUUCAACAUCAACAUCAGCAGUCUCCUCACUCUCCACAUCCGCUCCAUCAACAUCAGCAGUCUCCUCACUCUCCGCAUCUGCUCCAGCAGCAUCAACUUCACCAGCCCCACCCAUCACAUCAGCAACAUCAGACGCAAGAAUCCCACCAGCAGCAUCAGCAGCACGACCAGCACCAGCAUGCUGCGCAUGAGCAACAUCAGCAACAUCAACAUCAACCCCAUCAACAUCAGUCGCAUGAGCAGCAUCAGUCGCUCCAGCAUCAAUCACAUCAGGGGCUUGAGCAGCAUCAGCAAAUGCGACCACAUGAGCAGCAUCAAACACAUCAAUCUCAUGAGUCGCAUCAGCAGCAUCAGGCUCAUCAACCCCACCCCCACCAGCCCCAUAUGCAGCACUCGCAAAUGCAACAGCACCAGCAAAUGCAUCAGCAGCACCCUAUGCAUGGCCAUCCAUUCAUGCAUCUUCUCUCUCAUGAGCAUCAUCCUCAGCAGCAUCCGAAUAAUUGUAUUAAGUAUGAGCUCUCGGAUGAUCCUUACAGUUUUGUGGACGAGACGCAAUCACACCACGUUCAAGGAGCCAUGCAGCAGCAAGGUCCCAAGAAAAGAGGUCGCAAGAAAAAAAUUAGACCUGAGGAUGGAGGGAUGAUGUAUCCAUCUACGGAUCUGAUGAUGAACAAUCUGCCCCUCAAACCAAAACAAGAAGGCGCAGUCAAAGUGUACAAGGAAAGAAAAAAACACGAUCGUUUCAAUGGAAUGCCUGAAGAGGAAGUAUCUAAGCGAACUUUGCCUGAUCAUCUGUCUCACAAUCUAGAUAUUGUCAUUAUUGGUAUCAAUCCUGGACUUUUUGCAGCCUACAAAGGUCAUCAUUAUGCCGGCCCAGGCAACCAUUUUUGGAAAUGUCUUUAUCUUUCGGGGCUGACACCAGAACCCAUGACAGCAGAUGAUGACUACAAACUUUUGAAAAACGGAAUAGGAUUUACAAACAUGGUUGAGAGAGCAACAAAAGGUAGUGCGGAUUUAACGAGGAAAGAAAUUAAAGAAGGGAGUCAAGUUUUGUUAGAAAAAUUACAGAAAUUCAAACCGAAAAUAGCAGUUUUUAACGGUAAAUUAAUUUUUGAAGUCUUCUCUGGCAAGAAAGACUUCUGCUUCGGGCGGCAACCUGAAUUAGUUGAUGGCACUAAUACUUAUAUGUGGGUGAUGCCUUCCUCUAGUGCACGCUGUGCUCAGCUUCCCAGGGCUGCAGACAAAGUUCCAUUCUACUCUGCCUUGAAGAAAUUCCGGGACUACCUGAAUGGUGUUGGACCAGAACUGGAUGAAAAUGAAAUAGUCUUCACAUAUUCUAAAUUGAAAACAUUCUUUGAACCUGAGGUAAAGGAAGAACCUAAAGACGGUAUGUAUUACAAUGAAUUCAAUCAAUUAGAAAACAAUGUCGUUAAUGAAGAAGGUGAAGGUGAACCCUUGAAGAAGAAAAAGAGGGGAAGGCCGAAGAAGAUAAAAAAUGAAAAUGGUGAAGAAAUUAAGAAAGAGCCUACACCCAAACCUCCGAAACCAGUUGUAGAAGAGGAUAAAAUUAGCAUUGACGGUGUUCCGAAAAAGAAGCGCGGAAGGCCAAAGAAAAUCAAAACAAAUUUAGUAAUUGAAAACGGAAUGAAUAAUUCAGAGCAUAGUAACCCUUCAACUCAUCUUUCAAAUUGUUUUUCUCCCCCUAUCCAAUCUCCAAUGAAUUUACCGCCUAUGUACCCUAGCCAGCCUCCAACUUUACCUUCCCUCAUGAAUCAGCCUUCCUCGCAAUCUCCUUUGGUGUAUCAACCGUACUCCCAAUCACCGCAAGCACCAUCUUUCACUCAUUCGGAUCUCUCAUCCGAAAUCAGUGCAGCAAUAUCAUCUGAAAAUAUUCAUUCGCCAGGCCCAACGUCGCCAAGUUUAGGGCCACCCGAAUUCGAACCACCAGCCAGUAUGCCUGAGGAACCAAGUAAAAGUCCUCCUCCCUCAACGCCGAAUACAAUAUCUGAAGAAAACAGGAUGGAAUGUCACUUCUCUAGUCCAACUCCGGCCAAGGAUAAAACUCCGGAAAUGAACUACCAGAACUAUGAGGAUUUUUCUGCAGAGUCAGAUUCUAUGACAACAGUGAGAUACCCUCAUGCACAACGGCCGCGUAUGGACUAUCAGCACAUUGUGAAGCCUCAAAUCUCGCAAGAUGUUGCAUCAAAAAGUUUGUCCGGCUUGGAAUCACUGGUAGACCAGAUCCCAAACAUUGGAGAGGGAGAGCAAAUGAGCGAACAUGUGCCUAGCGGUCAGUUUUCUGACGAAUCCUAUCUAUCAGAAUAUUCAAGAAUGUAUCCACCCCCCAGUACACCAACUGCUCCUCCGACUACGCAACAGAGUCAAGCUAGUAUGAAUUUCUCUGUUUCAUCUUUAACGAAUAACAGCUCAAUAGAUGCGUUCUCCGUCUCUCAUAAUUAUAAUCCUUCGAGUUAUCCAAAUCUAAUGGGCCCACCUCAUCCUCAUCUUAUGGACUCAUCAAGUAGUUCUUUAUUCAAUCCUCUAGUUGACAGGACGUGUCGUUUGGGUGGCUCUUCAAUGAAUAGCGUUGGAAUGCCGUAUCCUUACAACCAGUACUCAAGCCCUGGUUUCUCGUAUCCAGCACCACACAAUAUUCAUGUACCCAGCCCCAGUUUUCCCUACGGUGCUCCUUACCCCAGCGCUGGUUACUCACAAACAGGCUAUCACAAUAUCGGCUACGGUAGUUUUUGAUUGACCUAACAAUAUUAACAUGCACAAGUCAGCUGAUAAUUAAGACUGUUCUUUGUUUUUUUCGUAUUGAAAGGUUGUUUAUUUUGUUUUGUUUUUCACGUUUAUUUUUAUUUUUUAAUAUUUGUUGUGUUAUUUAAUGCUUGUUUAUGUACGUGAUACUUGUUUUAUUCAACACAUCAUUUUUUUACCGCAUGUAUUUUUAUAUUUUACCACUCUACCACUGAUUCUUCCUCAGGUCAUUACUAAUAGUUUGCAUGUGUUUACUAUUGACUAUUGUACCCCCGCUCGUACUUUGUAUGAUUUUUAUUUUUUCCGUUUUGGGGAUUGUGCAAUCAUACCCUGCAUCAUUUUUUUUCUUAUCAAAGGAUGGGAAAUUAUUGAACAAUUCGUCUGAAACUGUGGUGCUGAGUAUUUCUGAAGCAUGUGUUGUUACGUCGCAACUUUCGGGACUUAUCUGCAUUAAUUUCUACUCCUCUAACAAGACGUUUCUUCUUGUCACCAAGAUCACCAUCAAUCGAAAAGGUAACCUUUUAUUAAUCAGAAUGGAAACCGAGAUAAUUAUUUCAAUUAUUGAUACUGGAAUUCAUGUAAGAAGUGAAUUGAUCUUGAACUGAUCAAAUCCCAGUGGAUAAUCAAUCUCAUUAAUUCUAUGCAGAGAGUGCCCUCUGAUGAUUACUCCAUUUAUUAGUUUGAUUGAAAGUAACUAAUGCAUUAUCUUACCUAUCUAAAUCGUUUCAGUGGUCUCUUAACCAGUUUGCCUCGUUAACUUCACUUUGGUUUUGUGUACCAUAUGCGAUUAUUUCCUUUUUUUUUUUUUUUGAUAUUUGUUAUCGAUUCUGAACUUCUAAUUGCCAUUUUUUAAUGUCAUUACUGAUCCUGGUGACAGAAAGAAUUUACUCUCUGGUGUAACAGAGAACAUGAAACUUUACCGUACUAGUUCUAUGCAUGAUCUAAGAUCAGUAAGAAAUUAUACGAGCGACACAGUACGGCUUCUGAUUAUUCUUUUUUAACCUCAUCAAUUAUUUAUUUUGCAGACAAUUCUUUGUUACCCAUCCUCCUCUCUAGAAUAGCCUCUGUUUAGUAUUUGUGAAACUUCAAAUUGAAGUUUUUUGUUGAAUAGAACACAAUUUGCUUUCUUCUUUUUCAAUGCUCUCUUCGUUAUUUGUUGAAGAUAUAGUACAUAUUUAAAAUAUUCUUCUGAUUUACUGAUUAACUUAUUGCCUGUCUGAUAACCAUUUUUGCCUCAGCUCUUUUCCCACCCUCUUCAUCUCAUUUUGUCCAUCAUUAACCCUACUUUAUUUUGUUCCCAAAUACCCAAUAUACCCCAAUAACCAAUUUAUUUCAGGAUUUUUUUCCUUAUUUUUCUGGCCCAGAUUUUUCGUUUUCUCCCUCUCUCCACUGUUAAUCUGAUAGAUAGGUUUCUUACUUUUGUUGGAAGUAUGAUAGUGCUAAUGUUUUAUUGUUCACGCAAGUAAAAACGACUUACCCACUCAUAUUAGAUUAUCUAAAAUCUAACACAACCCUCUAGCCCCAAGCGCCAAAUCCAAAGUAUCAACAGCUUAAGUGCAAAUCUACGUAUCCAAUGCGGUGUUUCAAAGUUCUCACUCCUUUUUAAUUUUUUCAAAUAGGAACAAAUCAACUUUUUAGCUUGAAAUACAUACUGAAUAUUCUGCUGAUAGAGGAGAAAAAUCCAGAAAGUUUUCGAGAUAUUAAGUUAGCUAUUUUUUCCGAAGGAAAAAUAAGUAUGACAGGAGGUGUGCAAAGGCGUGAACGGAGAUAUGUACUUAGUUAUGUACCCCCCUUCCAAUAAUCUAAUCAUCUAAUGAUUUAAAGUAUACCAUGAAUGGAUUGAUGUCUUCAAAGCCUUUUAUGAAAUGGUAAGGAGUUCGUGAGUGAUCUCUCUGUUCUAGUAAGACUUGUUCUUUUUUGUCCAUGAAGUGUGAUGAUACUAAAAAUUAUUUUGGCUUUCAUGUGCGAAAAAAAUAAAACUCUCGUGUGAUUAGAAGCCAUCACAGUAAAACUUCCCUCUUUCAAAAUUGCUCCUGGAUCCCUUCCUUCUUUCAAUUCCUCAAGCUUUUUUUAAAAUGUUUUGAUACUUUCCUUUUCGUUUGUGUGAUAACGAAAGAACCAAAUGUUGGAGGUUUUUUUAAGCGCAUAGCUUUCCUUUGCCCUUCUGCCUCCUUUUAUAUGCUGAUAGGGGUUUCUCGAAUCAGGCUAACUGUAAAUUUGCAUCAGUGCAAUGCUAUAGCAUGAAAAUUACAAAGUAAUUGAUCUGAUGAGAGGUUUGUUGUUAAAACUAGCAAAAAACUCCCUCGAUAGCAGAUAUAACCACUGAUUUUUGUGCCAACAAUGUAGUGAACAAACUGUGAAUUCUCCAAUGAUAUCAGGUAAUUUAGAGGAAACUUUUUGCUCAAUAAAUAUAGUUCCUAUGUUCAGGUGCUAUCACUUAGAAAUGUGAAACUAUUAAAAUGGGUUCGUGCAAUAUAAGAAAGAUUAGUAUUGUAUAGAGAAAGGCAAUGUAGGUAAGUUUGAAGUGUACGAGACACUUUAAAACUGAAUUCAGCUCUUUUUCUUUCGUUCUUUCUUUCUCUCAUUAAAUCAGACAUGCAAUAGAGUUGAUCACGUAGAUUGUCUCAUGUUGUAAAAGUUUUGAUCUGUGUCCAACCGCAAGGUUAGUGAGCGGUUCAACAGAAAACUACUCUAGGUAUGAAAUAGAACUUUUAUUUAAUUGCCGAUGAUUCUUUCUAUCAUUAUUUUUUUUUCUUUUUUACAAUCGUUUUUACUAUUAAGUACCAUUGUUAAGCGUGAGCUAUUUUAAUGACUUUACAUACUGACAGUAAACUCUGACAGACUUAGUGUAUAACAUCAACAGAUUUUGUAUAAAUUACGGAAAAAUGACUUCAUAAUAGUACAGUUGCUGGUCGCAAUGCUAACCAGUUACUGACAAGCGAGGAUUUUGGUAUAUUUCAAUGACAUCUUUUAAGCCUCCUCGAGUAGUGGGUCAGUUCACGAACUUAGUUUCAUUAUUUUUCAUAAUUAAAUUCUCAUAAUUUUGGUGUUGUGUAUGCUUUAUUGUGGGAAUCCAGUGUAACAGGGUAGUUCUUUUCUUCUUUUUUCAUCACAUCUUCCCUCUAUUUUAUUGUAAAUAUAACUCAAGUUAUGUCCAGUGUAUCCUAAUUUGUACUCAAAAGAGUACAUGGGCAAAUUAAGAAAUAAUUGACUUUUAUUUCUAUAUUUUGUACUGGUAUAUUUUGAACUUCGACAUGCUCAAAACCAUUAAGCAUUUUCCUUCAAUACAAAUGCACAGUAAGAAAUUCAUUUUUCUGUUUUACCUGUAUCUACUUAUUAUUUAUUUGCGCAACAUGGUUUUAAACCCUCUUGUCUGUAAGUUAGCUCUUAAAUUUGCGUCAUAAAUAUUUUUUUAGUCUAAAAUUUUAUAUUAUGGGAUGCAAUAACUUGAACUGUGGUAUAAUAGUUGUUAUCUGAAGUUGUUGGAACUUUUGCAUUGUCCACUCUUCAUCCCCCUCGUUCACUUUUUAAAACUUCUAAUGAAGAUUUUAUUUUUUAGUCGCAAAGUGAUUGAGUUACAUUUCUAAUCUCUACUUAAGAAUCAGUUUUUGUACUUCACUCCAAACAACAUACCAUCUUUUUAAAGGGAACUUCUAUUAGAUUUGAUUCAUUUUAAGCCUCCUGAUGAUAAACAUCUGAACUGUUACCACCUGAGCAUUGCACACCGCAUCUGUUUGAGAAUAUUUUUCAAAAGAAAAUCUCUCUCUUAGGAAAACGAUAAAUUGCCAAUUAAUAAAUUCAGAGCCCACCAUUUUUUCCCAGAAUGAUGGAAAAAUCUGUAACCUCCGUGUUAAAUCAAAUUUUAGAAGAUUAUUUCAGCCACUCUACCCAAUAAAUUCAAAUACAUGUGCAGUAAUCAAAAUGCAACCCAUUGAAUGCAGUAUAAUCCUGCUUUGCUUGAUUUCUUGCCAAAUUUUUAUCCAAAUUCAAAUAAUCUAUAUCCGAAACCACUGGUUCUUUUAAUUCCUCUCCUUCCCAUUAUAUGAGGCAAAUCAUCAGUCUCAUAAUAUGCGCAUUUUCUUGAAAGUGAACCCUGUAGGCCCCUGGCAAUUUUUUAAAUUGUUCAAAUUGGUUGAAAUUUUCAAUGGACAUUGAGCUAUGUUUACAAUAUGUAUACUUAGCCCAUUUCCUCUAAUGCGCAAAAACAGGAGGAAAAGUCUUUCACUAUCAAUGUCACUAAUUUGAUAGAAGACUGCUUUUCGUGGAUAUAAGUGUAUCUGGAACCAUCUCAAAAUAUAAUCCCUUUCGCUUCAUUUUCUGAGUGAGUCAAUGUAAAUUUAAGAAGGGUGGAGGUCUAUUAAUCCCCUAGAGAAAUUCUAACUUCUCGCUCACAUGCCCUGAAAUGUGAAGACAUAUAUUUGUGGUUCGCCCUUAGUUAAAUUAGUUUCACCAUAUUCCUGCAAAUCAUCUCCGCCCAUGAUUUUUCAGUUUUUAUAGAAAGAUCAUUAAAUUCCUCUUGGAUAUUGGAGAGUAGGAAUAAUGGUUCCAACAGUUUGUAGGGUAGAAGUUCUAUGGUGUGGACUUAUUUAUUUUUCUCCUCCUAUGCGCUUUAUCAGAUUUAUGUAAUUUUUAUCCUCAGUAGAUGACUACUGGAAAAUUAAGUGCUAUAAGUGGAAAAUUCCCCUUAGCACAGGGUGAUCUACAAAUCCCUCACCACCAACACAAUGGAUCGGAUCAAAUUUAGGCAGAAAAGAGACUUGACAUUUUAUGAGCGCUCCUAGGUUGAAAGAAACGAGUUUUAGAACCCCCCAAAAUUCUAAGGGGACCACCCCGAGAAGCGGCUAGUGCUCUAAGGGUUAUAGGGGCGAUGCAGGACUAUUAGAUCACUCUGUUAACCUUGUCAUCCCUCCCCCCCUUCAUUACAAUGUUAAAAAUCUCUCCAAAAAUGGUACGUUUUCAGUGUAGAUUGUGAAUUUAAUUGACCAGUUGGUCAGAUUUUCUCAUCAAGAUAAAAAAACUGUGUGCUUUUAUCAAAUUUAUUGAUUCAAACGAUGGUAGUUUUCCCGGAUACAAUUUUUUUUUCCUAUACAAUUUAUACCAGUUCUCUGUACAGGAAAGUUUUUGGUGGAUUUUUUCUUCUUCUCUCUACAAUCAUAGGAGCAAUCAAAACCGUUUGCUUUUACCGAAAAGUUUAGUUGGAUGUUGUUUACAAUUCGUAAAGACUUCCUAAAAUCUCUAAAGUCAUUUUAUUGACCUAACCUUCACACCCAUGAGUGCAUGAAUAAUCGCGCCAAUUAACUGUAACUAUCUUUUAUUACUUCUACUCUUUACUUUAAAGUGAAUAGAAUCUUAAAUUUUUUAUAAAUACAGCUUCCGAUGUAAAUAAAUUACUAUCUCUAUCGAAAAUCUGUUUUUUAUCCCAACUGUUCAAAUUGUGUCCAAAACUUGGAGGAAGUUCUUUCGUACCCCUGUAUACUUAUACGUACGUGCUCCUGUAUAAAUUAAAUGAUCAUCUUUGUACAUAAUUUUUAUUUUAUCGCUUACUUAAUGUAAUAUUUUAAUAUUUUAUGUACUAAAUUAAGUAAAUCACAUUUAUUAUUAAUAUAAUAUGGUUGAAGUUUCUAAUUUUUGAACUAUAUGUAUCAGUGUCUAAUUUUUUCUUACUUUGUCUUGUAAAUAGAGUGAUUUAACUGUACCUACUCUAAAAAUAGGACUUGCAUUUUCUCACUGUGGAUCAAUUAAUUGUUUCGAAAGUGCUUUGUGCCCUAUACCCUUACGCUGAUUGUAGGUAAUCAUUGUCUAGAAAUAUUGUUUGUUUUAGAAGAUCUAAAUGUUGCUCUGUCAGUGGGACUCCAUACUCCCCAAAGUCUCCCACCAGUUACCUGGUGGCCAGCAUCCUCAAAAUCAUUGAAAAUUUUAUAAUCGCUCUUGCAUUUUGUUUUCCCUCUGACGUUCCAUCGGAGAUGUGUUUCUCAGCCAAUUUGAAAUGGCAGGCAAAGUUGAUUGAGGGUACCCCUAAAAUUUUUUUCUGUUCAGUUCAUGUAUUUUUUCCCCUUCAGGUUUAUAAGUAUUACCAAUUACUAUCCUAAAAGUUUUCUCAAGGUUUUGGGCAACUAUGAGUUUUUGAACGCAUCAACCAUAACAGCACUUCCUCCCCCUUUUUUAAUUUUUUAUUUUUACUCUUACCGUGCUUGUAGUUUCAUGUUAAUUAAUUUUUAAAGUUAUAUUUACUUUUUAACCCUUACCUCUCACACUUUGCUUUGUUUUAGUUCCUUUCCAAGGAGCAAAGGUGUAGUACUAGUAGCAGUAUGCGGGUUGUUAUUCUCUACUGGAAAAGUUUUAGAUUUUUUAUUGGUUAAAGGUCGGAAUUAUUUCUUUAAAAAAAAUAGAAGUUACACUUUAAGACCAUUACAGAUAAAUUCUUAUUGCUUGGCUCAUCUUUACUACAAAAGAUAGUGUAUUCGCCCCGAGAAAAUACACUCAAGGAGAGAAGUUGAAUUGAGUAGAGGAUCAAUAUUUAUUUCACAAAAAUUUCCUCACAUCCUUUUUGCUGCAAUUUUCAUCCUAUUGCCAAGUAUUUUGUUUUUCCUCCCCUCCGUCUUGCUCUCUUCCAUCAUUAUAAUUUUUUCUUUAUUGUUACCGUAAGCUCAUGUUUUUCAUAGUUGUAUGUUUUUAUUGUUUACCUCAUUAGUUUAGUCUCUGCAUGUAAGAGGGCUUUCUGUAUGUGACGGAAGAUUAUUAAAAAAAUUUCUGAUGAACUAGGAGUAGACCUUACCUGACCUGACCAUUAUCAAUUUCGACCCCAUUUCACCUAAAUGAGUAGAAUAACAAUUUUUCCUUUUUUGCCCCUGUUUUUCACCCAAUCUCAGACUUUCAAAUUCUCAUUAUUUUACAUUAGUAGUUGUGGGUUUAAAUAAAAUCUCCGCAAGUCGAGAGAACCGACAUUUUAACGAGUGCAGUUAUUGAGAACAAGGAGCAGAUAUGGGUAUUCCAUGUCCCUAUGUAGGUUCAUCAUUUGUUCUUGGUAGUGCUAAAUACUUCGAAAGUGUUAAUCAUUGCAUGAGUGUUUAACAUAUGCGGCUCAGUACCUAUAUGUCAAUUGUUCUUUUAACCUUUCUCUGUAAUACAACUUAAAUGACGCUUAGUUCUCAUGUAAAGUCAUGUGCUUGAGCCAGUUGAUCACUUGAGUGAACAUACAGUUGUUAAUAUGUUGAUUCGCUAAAGCUUAUUUGGAUCCUAUUCCUGCUUUUUAUAUCUGUUUGCAGAUACUUGACAGGGGAUAACUUAAAUGUUCAAAAUCCCACAAUCUGAUUUUCUCUCACUCGGAACAGGCUUUCUUCUUUACGUAGACUUGACUUUUCUAAACAAUCGUUACCACAAAGUUAACCAAUAAAUCUCCCCUUCGAAUGUUCAAAUUAUUCCUCCUAUGUUUCAGGUGGAUCUCUUUUUUUUCCUGUGUGCAUAUUUUGCACCAAUUUAGGUUACAUUUUGUUGUAACUUCCCACUAAUUUUUCCUUGCCAACUUUACAAGCCCAGUCUCUACAUAAUGAGAGAAAAUGGUCUGACAUUUGGUAUUUUCUAAGUACUUCUGAUUCUUACCUAAAUCUAAAGUCCGUCUCGCUCUCUUUUACCAUAAUUACUCAGAGUAUGUGAACUUUCUUCAUAAAAAGUUUCAAGAUGCUGUCAUAAAAUUUUUUGGUGGCCAAAUUCCUGCGCUAAUGACAAAAAUCUGCACUUAGAAAAAAAAGAUGUCUCCAGCAGUGUCAGUAUGUCUACAAUUUUGAGCACUUCUUUUCGAAAUUCAAUACACCUCGAGCAAUAUCAGAAGUGGCACGUCAUGUUUUUCACAUGCUUUGUACAGCAUGCAUGUAGAAUAUCCCAUCUGUAAAGUUAUUAAUCUUUUUUCUUACCACUAUUUUACUUCAGCUAACUACAGUUUCUAGUUUGCAUUGCUGUCUAUUUUGCCAUACUCUCUGAAGCAUUUUGCAAAAGCUGCAAAACUCUCGUCUUUUUUUGUACAUCUGUUUACCAUAGCAAGCACGUCAGCACGUUUUCCUUAAAUGUUUCCAUCUCCCCUUUUCUCUUUAUCAGAUCACAUCCAUUUAAUAUUAUAUUUUUCAUCUUGUUUUCCUGUUUUUCUUCUCCGUUAAAUGAAGGUCAUUGUAGUGAGUGCUACAGCUUGCACGAAAACUUACUUACCAGUAUAAAAGUAGCAAGUUUGACUUUUAAGCCUAUUAACCGCCACGUCUUAUUGAAAUCCUUUUUGUUGUUCAAACCACAAACUCAUUGACCCAUAAUAAUUUGAUACAACUUUUGCAAAAGCAACAAACCAGGUUAAGCUCUUCUGUGACAAUGCGGCUGUCAUUUGAGGUUGAAUAAACAAGUCACAUCCAAUUACUUUCUCAAUGGAUGAGGGCAAAAGUUUAUCUGAUCUCUUACACUUUAUAAGGUGACUCUAAACUAAAUUAAGUGCUUCACAGAACUUCAGCUUGUCCUACAAAUUCUUAGUCAGAUAGAGUAAUUUGUUUUCAGCUACGUUAUGAGUGUGUUCUUGCCAUCAUCUCCCUAAGCUCUCUUGCCUCUUAACUGUAGCCCCCUUCCCUCCCUAAUUUCGAAUAUCUAUAAGUUAUGAAUUUGAACAAAACAAUUAGUGUCCUAAACUCGUUUGUUUUUUCUGAAUUAAUUUUAAGUUGCUUAUUCUUUUUAAUGUAAUCAAUAAUUGCUAAUAUUUGCAUUUCGCUGUGCGUUGUUAUCUCUAAUUUUUGUCAUUAGUAUUCUGAAUUUAAUUGACAAAACAAAGAGUAAUCUAGCAGAAAGGGUUGCUAUCGUGAAAUGCUCUGUAAGUCUUCGACUAGUGAUUUGAUUCAAUUUAUAUCAAUUUGUAAUUGGCCACUCAGCUUCAUUGAAGAUCAUGAAGGGACAAGUGUUUCUUCCAUUAUAAACAAAUUGGAAACACUCUUGAUAGUUACUAAAUGCAUUUGGUUUCACCUGGAUUAUAAUUAUGAAAGGUGAAUCAAAGCACAGUAUCCUUAUGGCUAAAACGAGCAAAGAUUGCUCUAAUUGUGCAGUUGUAUAAUUUGAAAGAAAUUAAAUUUAGUCAUAAUUUUUAAAAUUAUUGCUCAAUUUUACUUUUGUUUUAAUUUUUUUUCUGUGUCUCUAACUAGUUAUUACUUCUUGUUGAUGUCAACCUUCAUACCGAAUAAUUUCUGUACCUCUGUGCGUUACCACUAAUUAUUCCCUCGAAUAUUUAGUUACUUUUGGUGGGCUGUCAUGUUUUAACUUGUAUGAAUGGACUUCACUGUCCAUCAUACUUCAUAUGAUUUUGUAUAAAUUUAAUGCUUCCGUCUCAAAGAAAACUCAUUGUUCCCUAUUCAUAAGUCUUAAGUUUUAAUUCAGCAAUCAGUUUUUUUUUUAAAUGUUAUUUUCUACAAUAUCAACAACUCCUACCAGUGUUUCUCUUCUCCAUUAUUGUUUCAGCGCUGUCUUCCAAUUUAGAAAAUUUUACUCAAUCCGCCAAAAGGUUUUAAUACUGUUUUGAUCAGAACUUUGAGACCUUGACCCUAGUAUGGUUCUAGUAAUUUUAUCGUUGGCUUUCUUUUGAUUAAUGAGACUGUAAUUGGUGUCCAAUUUUGAGUUAGUGAUGGCUAAAUGGACGUUUCAGUUUUUCAGUCUCUAAAGAAGAUUAAAGAAGUUACCUAUUCAGUGUGUAGGAAGCAAAAUGAAGUACUUCCAAUUCAUUGAAUACUUGGAUCCAAUAAUUGAAAGUUUUAUCAAAUGCUCAAAUCUAUAGAAGUAAUAGAAUAUACCUUGAGGAAGUCGCUUUUGAAAAUUCUAGAAGAAAAAACAAUACGCGGAAAUAACUAUUACUUCCCUCUUUAUUUGUUCGAAUUUUAAAUUGCUUUGAAAUUAGUAAUACCAUGUCAAGCAACAACUAGUCGUAGUUUCACGGUAAUGAAAAAAAGAAAUUUCUGUGAAGCAAAUCUUGCGUACGACACAUCAAGUUUUGAGCAAGUUUUCUCCAAUGCAAAUAAGUCAGAAUUGGUUUCAAUUUCAGUCCAAUGAUUUCACAGGAAAAUAUAAAUACAAAAAUAACAUGGAGAAAAAUGCAGAGCACACCCUGAACUACCCAUUCUCAUUCAGGUCAAACUAAGUUCCUGUCCACUAUUUUUUUUGUUACUGUUCUGGAUUAUUAGACCUUAUUUUUUUCUUGUCUCUAUCUUAAAAUUACUCUUGCUACAUGUCUCACGAGAAAAUCAAAUCAUCAUCUAGCCAAUUCCUGAUUUAUCAGAAUCAAUAUUAUGUUCAAAGGCUCAUAAGGUUCUUUAAAAAACUAUAAUUAAAGGAACAUAUGUGAGGAAGUUCAUGAUUUUAAACCUCAUUAAAAAGGAGGGUAUUUUUUCAUUUUUAUUUUUUUUUCCUUUCUAAUUUGAAGCGUUCGCCAAUAUGAUACGUAGAAUGCUCAUUUCUGUCUUCCUUCUGUUGUAUACCUGAUGUUAACAUACGUUCUCAACCUUAUUCUAGCCUUUUUUCUGGAUUGUUGGUUACAUACAGUAUGAUCAUACGUCUUCUCCUAUCUCUUGUUCCCUUGUUUUUCAAUUUUACCCUUUUUGUUAUUCAGGUGGCAUAGGUGUACUUAUUCACAUUUUAUCCCUUUGACUAAAGUGUACAUGUUGAAGUCAAUUGGGCAAAUGUUCCUUUCUUAUUCAGCAAGCAAGACUUUCAUAAGUAGUGACAUUUUUAUUUUUAGAUGUAUAUAAGUAUGUAGGUACUUCUUUUUACCUCAUUAUUUCUUUAUUCCUGAUAUCAGGUUUGAUUUGUGUCGGAAAGGUUUUUUUCAAAUUCAGGCUUACUGUUGCAGAAAUUCCUACUUUUGUAAAUGUUUAAAUCGCUAAGAAUUGGAAGCAAUUAAUACCGUGACUCUAAUUUGACACUAUAACUUGUUCUAGGAGAGGAAACUCACUUGCUUCGCAAGUAGUUUUUAAUCUCAUUUCAACUACUAUUUAGGUGCUUACCUUCAUUGUAAGUCCAAAUUUGUGUCUGAAACAUGAUUUGCUGUGUUCAGAAAGAGAUUUGUAACUUCAUUCAGAAUUUUUUCAGGUUUUUUUUUUUUUUUUUUUUUUCAUUAUAUCGAAACAUAAGAAAACGUGAACACUUCUUAAGUUUGUAUUUUCAGCAUGCUCAUGUGUGGCAAAGAAGAACAUAUCUUGAAAAAAAAAGUAUGAAAGUGCCUCAGUUUCUUAAGAUUAAACUUUGCCCCAGAAUAAACUUACAAACUCGAUGCAGAGUUAUGACCCCUUCUCCAAAAAGUCAAGAGUGAUUCUUUCCUCUUUACUCUGUAUCAUAUUUUGCCGACCGGAUUAAUCAAAAAAAUUAAAUGAAGUAUUACUGGUGAAUGUUUUAGUUUAUCUCAGAGUCCAUUAUGUAUUAAAAGCUUUCCACCUGAAUAAGCAAUAGCUCCUCCCCACUUCCCCAUACGUAUUUGUCAAACUUGACGAGGAAACAGUAAUGAACAAAAUGAAACUGCAACAAUUUAAGCUCCUUGACGAUAGUGGUCACAAAGGUGGGGUUUGUUCGUUUAUUUUUCCCCCCUCAAUAAGUUUUUUUUUUUUUUUUUUUUUUUUUUUUUUUUUUUUUUUACAAAAGUGAGAAGAGUACGCAAACAUUUUGAGUUAAGUAUAUGUAACCCCCUUCAAAAUGCCAACUUUUUUUUAGUAAUUGCAAUUGUAGCAACAAGAAAUGAGUUACCCACAGAAAUGAAAGUUUUGACUGAAAAUUCAAUGGAAGCGGGUUUUAAUGGAAGCUGGUGAGCUGUUCCAAUGAAUGGCUUAAAUCAAAACUGUGAUAAUUCAAACAUGAUUGACUUAAAAUGAUCUGAAAAUUUUUGAAUGAACGAGGAAAUGUGUAAUUUUAUGUAAAAACCUCCGUGUCAAACUGUAAAAACUAAUCUCUACUAUCUGUUUUGUAUAAAAAAAAUAAAAUAAAAUGAAAAAAAAAUAUAUUAAUUUUUAGGAUAGUCUUUAUCGAAAAUCAAUAAGAGAAAUCAAUGCGUUGGGUUCUCAAGUAUCUACAUGUUAUAAUAAGUGUAAGAUGUUUUUCAAUUCAAUAAAGAUUUAACCUGAAACAAAUUUUUAAGGUAAAAUUGCAGGGUGAAUAAAUUGUACAUAAACUUCGAAAAAAA